AUGCAGUCUUCACCGCCUGUGCGUGCAUCGGCUCAGUUUACUCCGGACAGACCGACGCAACUCACAACGCCGGAGAGACCGAAGAAGCUGCGUGCGAAGAACAUCUACGUUGGCACGGGCUCGUUGGACAGCCUGGACACCCCGGGCUUGGACAAGAAGUCCGGCGACAUCAGCCCGACCCAGAAGCCCAAGAGAAAACGCCGGAGCUCUGAGAACCCCAAACCGUUCAAGAGUCACGAUGAUGGCAGCCAGAACAAGAAGACGAAGACGAACGACGAAGCAGCGGAGCGUGCGAAGUGUCCUUCCCAAGACGAUCUCGGACACACUCCGAGUGAAGGAUGUGUUCAGGUGACUAUGAAAGCUUUGCACCACACGUUUCUUCUUCUCACUGGGAAAGGGCUUGACUUCUUCAUUCCGAAAUGGGCGCGACCGUCCAGAGACCUGUUCAAGGGCGAAAACAUGAUGAAAGCAGAGCUUGGAUCCAUCGACGAGAUGGGACUCCUGCGCUUCGAACCUUUGCAGGUGGCAGACGAAGAGGGGGUGCAGAACAAGUGCUUUCACUUCUUGCACAGUUACAUAGGAGUCAGAGGCGCGAUUUCCCCGGAGAUAUGCCACCCCAAGUGGAACUGCUGGAAGCGAGCUGUGAAACAUACUGGCAUGAAUUUUGACUUGAUGCGCCUCACCAUAGCGGCCAACUAUGGACAUGGGUCUAAGAUCACAGGCGAGCGUGUGACGAUGCGACAGGAGUACCUGGAGACGUGGUUAGGGAAACAAGAUGAGCAGUACUUCGAAGAGAUUUCUGAAGAAAUCAACCACGACCGUGGAGAGCGAGGCAUGACCAGCGAUGCUGUGCAAACGUCGAUCGCAGAGUUUUUGGAAGCCCCCCUGAUAAAGCGGCGUGCGCAUUACGCAAAGAACAAAAGCUGGUUCGGCUGCCUCACCUGCUUCAAGAUGCUCUUACGUGACUGGACGGUGUUGCGUGAAGCAGCUCGGGCUGUGGUGGUUGAGUCCGCCGGUAUGGCGCCUUGCCCUGAGAGCACCAGAGCCGAGAAUGGAAUGGCAGGGCUUGUGGGUGGGAUUCAUCACAUGAACUCACAGGGGUGUUGCGAAGCGUGGCACAGUUUGGGGUUCGGGCAGCGGCAGAUUUUGAAAUCGGCAGACGAGGAGGAGCUGCAAGCAGGCGCUGCAGUGGACGAGGCCGAGGACGUAGACGAAGCAGCAGAGGCAGAGGAAGCAGCGGAAGGUGCGCCAGAGAAGCAGAGCAAGUCGGAUUAUUAUGCUGCCUACAAGAGUAAGGGUCCGCACCAGAUGCAGCUGGAUAUACUAUCCGAUGACCGUCUGCGCUGCAGUGCAGAGAUCUUGUGCCGUGUUACCAGGCCAUUGCACAAGCUCUACCAAAGUGAUCUGCAAGCGCAGAAAGAGGGGCUGGAGAAAACUUUGCAAUGGAAUGCAGAGCGCUGUGUUGGAAGCAGUUUGGAAGCCUGCAACCAGAUCCUGACAACCACUUCGAACCCAGCAUUGUACAUGGCCAUGAAGAUGACGCCCCACUGCAACCCGUGUGCCACGCCCGACAUGCUGCCCGAGGAAAUGGAGCUAGCGCAAAAAGCUUUCAGUUUUGCAACCAACUUGGCAGGCAACUUUGCAUGGUCGGAAAUGCUUCACCAAUUUACGUUGCCGCUGGCUGCUGGCUCUCUGUUGCUGGCAGAUCGAGAGAAAGCCCAACGAGCACUUCACAGGAUUGGUGCUAUCAUUGAUGCCGUGGUCAAAGCGGAAGACAUGUUACGGACCAAGCCUGCAUUGGGGCAGUUGUUGCAAGACCUGGCCUUUCAAGAAGAGAGCCUCGCGCGCGAGGUCAUGAUCCGGUUGCGAAGAGCGAAGUACAAGCUUGACGAUCCUGAAGCCCAGACCGUGGUUCGACUCAUGCGAAGCUUUUUCGGGGGCAGCAGCUCCACCAAGGAGAUUUUGGAGAGCUGUUUCGGACAUUUGGCAGAUGUGGUUAGUCGGUCCAACAAGAACAAAUGCACCAGCAGAAUGGGGCUGUGGCUGUAUUGCACCAGCUCUGGUUUCAUCAAAUCAUCAGGAAUGAAGCAGCGCUUGCCAGACCGUUCGGAUUGGCUCAGAUGGCUUGAAAAGUUCGGGAGCGCGAAAGACGAGUGGAUGCAAAAAUUCAACACAGCAUUCAAUGUUGCCGCGACCGCCCUUCCCCAAGCGCAGGACAUGGAGUUUCCCAAGACAGCGGAGGGUGUAGUGAAGACAAAGUGGAGGCUGGCGGGGCCUCUAUCUCACUACAGGAGCGCGGCUGCCGCUUGCUACCUCCUCAAAGAGUCUGACAUUUUCAUGAUCUCGCUCGGAUUCGUUGGAUGGUGCGCGCUUGGCAUGAAGCUGCGGCGGCACAAAGUGGGCCAGCAGGAGUUCUUGUCCGUUGACCCCAACCAUCAGGGAGUGGAGAUGCUGUUCAAUUUUACAGUGUCCGCCGAAAGUUCUGCAUGGAUGUUUGUCGUGCAUGAGGUUCUCCCACCAGCUUGUGUCCCGGACUCCUUGCAUCAGUUGGGGUCCUGCAUACAUGUGAAGUCAAAGGAGGGGAUCCUGCGUGCAGCGGUUCUUCGCCAGCAGAGCAUGAAGUUGACGAAAGAUCAACUGGUCCAGAUAUGCACGUCCCUGCGAGUGCCUUUGCCAGACCCCAAAAAGGGGUCGGGCAAACGAGGAAACCGAAUCAAGAUCGACUUCGUACGAGCGCUUGUGCGCUAUCUUCUUCCGGACAGUCCGGACGAAGUGGAGGAGCGUGUGGCCGCUCUCAUGGGCAAGCAAGCAGCUCGCCUGGAUAUGGGCGUCUUGGCGAUGAUCAGCGAGAUGGACGUUGACAAUGCCGAUUCCUUUAAAGAGCUGAAGAAGCAGGCUAUGCAGCAGUUUGAGGAAGAGGUGUCCAAAACUGGUGAGAAGCGUGCGGUCAAGAGCAUGAAGGAUGCAGAGGCGCGUGCAGAAGCAGAACGGAAGGUAGCAGAGGCUGCCAAGAAGCGUGAGGAGAAGCAGGAACAGCAACAAGCUGCUGAACGCAAGAGGCAGUGGGAGUUGACGCCGCCCGAUCUCAAGAAGCUCCUGCCGGGGGGCGGUGCCAUUACUUCUACCUUCUGGAUGCGAUUCCAGCCCUUGCAGAAGUUUUGGAAGGUUGAAUACCCCAUCGGCUCUUUGACUGAUUACGAUUUCAAGUUUCAGAAUCCUUCCAGUGACCCGAUCGAGAAAGACAGUUGCCAGAGAAGCUGGGGUACGAAACGUUGUCCAGAUCAGCUUUCGGCACUUCGCGAAGUGUUGAGCUUCACAUACCGCAGAUGGAAUGCGCGCAACCCGCACAACAAAUUCGAGAUGCCAUCCGACGACAUCUUAAAGACCUACAUCGAGACCUUGCCUGCACCAAGCCGGCGCUGA